AUGUGUCAUGCAACAUGGGAUUGGAUGGCGGUCCUGCCAGUCGUCCUGUGGGGUCUGCGGACAGCGUACAAGGAAGACCUCAGGGCCUCAUCGGCCGAGUUGGUUUACGGAGCUACACUCAAAGUUCCGGCGGAGUUUUUAGAUUCCGAGGAAUUGGACAGCAACCCGCAAAUAUUCGUUCAAGAGUUCCGUCGGCAGAUGCGCGAGAUUCGGCCGGUGCCCGUCGCACAUCACAUUAGGAAUAGACCAUUCCAAUAUAAAGAUUUAUAUUCGUGCUCUCACGUGUUUUUGCAAGUAGACUCGUUGAGAGGAGCGUUAGAACAGCCGUAUUCUGGACCUCAUCGAGUGAUCGAUCGUAUUUCGGAUCGCGUGUUUAGGAUCGAUCUUGACGAUAGGAACGAACAGGUUUCUGUCGAAAGACUCAAACCGGCUUACAUAGCGGUCGAGUUGGACGACCAACCAGCCGCCUCGCCAGGUGGAGAAUGUAGUGAAACCCCGUCACUCCGUAAAGGAGUCAUUAAAGUGUACCCGGAGCAAGCGAAAAAUACCGCAGACUUUCAAUGUUCGUAA